CAUGCGCGGCGCCGGCGACGUAUCCACCACCCCAAACCCAGGACACACAGCAAGAACGCUAAUCCUCCCAGCACGCCACGUUGAAGCUCCGACUAAAAUAGCCUUUGACCAACCUGGCCACUCUGGGUCGGCAGUUACGCUUCUCCUUCCACCUCCCCGACCUCAGAAACCUCAGAAACGUGAAUCGAGGAGAUUGAUAAUGUCCAACAACAGCGGGCUGCCUCAAGAACUGUUUGACCAAAUCAUCGAUCAUCUCGGGGAUGAAUAUAUCCAGAGCCUCAAAUCCGACCAGCGCUCCUCUUCCACUCAAGCUUGUAGAAGGAAUCUCAUCUCGUGUGCCCAAGCGUCGUCCUUGUUCUAUCCCCGAGCAAGCUCCUUCCUUCACUCCAAGGUCUAUCUAUCUUUUCAAGGCUCUCCCACUGAUUUCUCCAAAAGAAUGUCUACUCUUGCCGACAUUAUGCUUUUACGAACAAGUAAAACAGGAUUAAUGACAGGAAUUGCCCCUCAUAUCCGAGAGUUCCACGUCUCGGUUGAGGGCUUAUUCUUUGGGGCAUUGAGCAACACUCGGGCCUUUGGCGCGCUCGACGACGAUAAUCUCGCCAUCGUCCUCGACAGGCUUCAUUCCAGGGAUCACGGCCUCGCCAAAUUCCAUUUGGUGAUGAACUCGGCAGCCAGUGUGAUCCGAUGGAGCGAUUUGUCCCCCAAGUUCCGAAGAGCAUUCCGCGAUCUCACUGUAUCCCCUCACCUGACUUCCCUUGUGAUUGACGCCCCAUUUUGCGACCUUCCUACUUCGCUUCUGGAUGGCACGAGCAUUAUCGAUCUGCGACUGGAGCAAUUGCUCGGCAGUGGUGGUUCACCAGUGGAUUCAGGAGUCGAUGACCGUGCAGAAGAUCUCAGGCCACCUCAAAUCCAACUCUUUCAUACAAAUCAUGGGUUUUCGAUUGAUCUUGACCCACUCACGUCCCCGUUAUUGCACCUGAAGGAUUUUACAACAACUGGUAUUAUUCUGGAUCAACACCUUCACACAGAGACGAUCCUGAAGUUGGCCAGUGAAUCUCUUGAACGAGUCAAUCUCGAAUACUCCGACGAGUUUCCAUUGCCAUCGCUCGACCUGAGCAAGCUUCGACACCUCCGAGACCUCUCCAUCAUCCAGCGACUCAACGAGAUGUACGUACAGCCUUACGAAAGCGUGAAUUACCCGCCUAUAACGAAUACAUGCGCCUUCCUUGAGGGCAACGCUGCGCCAGUGGACAACCUCGUCGAACUGAAGCUCAGGUUCCUCAUUCAAGGAAACAAUGUCGAACCCGACUUUCUGACACUGUUCAACGCCGAGUCCCAGGUCACACAACCCUCUUCCGAAUUUCAGUGGGAGAGAUUGGAUCGGAUUUUAACAACUGCGACUCGGUUUCCGUCUUUGAAAAUGUUCCACCUGGAACUACGGCUCGGGAUUGACCUCGAUGACGAAGAGUUCCCAUAUUUCGACCCGAAAGUGUUCUUCCAAGCAGCGGAGACGCAUCUCAGGGCCGCUCUUCCUCGGAUAGCCUCCUUUACUAACAUAGCAUUGACUUUAAAAGUGCACGGAACACUGUAUCAGACGAAAGCUCUGGACUAUGUUGGGCACAUGGAGAUGGGGUCUGGUGGUGGGCACGAUGAAUUACCACCUUUAAUGGAUUA